GGUUCGCUUUCCCAUCCCUCUCCCUUGUCUUCUUCCUCCUCCCUCUUGCGGUUGCGGCCACAGCCCACUGACAGCAGCAGCAGCAGCAGCAGCAGCGAGUAGCCAAGCAAGCCACCCCUCCGGCCUUCCCUGCGACUGCGAGAUUGCUCGGCUGCACGCGAGAUGCGGGGGCACACUCGCCGCCGCGGUAGAUCGCAGGGGAGCGACGACCACGGGCCCCAUCCCAGUGUUGUCGCCGAUCCCCAUCUCGCUAACGAUAUUGGAUCGUCUAGGAAACAAGGAACACCCAGAAUACUUUCAGAUUCAUUGUUUGGUGGGGACAGGCUUUGUUCAUCCAAAGGAGUGGGUAGCACCCCAAUGAAAAUGCUGAUAGAUGAUGAAGUCUCAGGAGAUGUCAGGCAUGCAUCUCCAGGUAUAGUAGGAAGGCUUAUGGGCCUUGAUACAAUGCCUUCAUUUGGAGCCCGUAGCCACAGUACGCAUAGUGGGAUCUGUCCACAGUUCAUGUCUCCUGGGAGUUCUUGUGACAAAAAUGGUUUCUCUGGAGAUGUUCCACAUAAGAGUAGCACUGUUGAGAUUCCGGAAUUCAAAGAUGUUUUCGAAGUUAUGGAGGCUGCAAGGAUGAAGACUCAGAGCCUAAGUUCUGGAUGCACAAACAUCUGUUCUGGACUAGACAAGGUUAACAGUGCUGACAUGAAUUUUGUGAGGCAGAAAUUUAUGGAUGCAAAGCAUCUCUCAACCAAGGAAUCUCUCCAGAGAUCGAAAGAGUUUGAUGGUGCACUUGAGGCAUUGGUAUCAAAUAAAGAUCUUUUGUUGGAAUUUCUUCAGAAAUCCAACCAUGUUCCCAUGAAAAACUGUACUGAUCUUAGUUCUCCAUUCUCUGCUGUAAACCAUAUUACAGUGUUGAAACCAUCAAGAAGACUUAAGUUUGUUGAUGCAGAUAUUAUCAAUCCACAAGAAGAUACUAAAAGGUGUUGCCGUGCACCAAAAGGAGUGAAGCAUCCUCCAAGGAAUCCUUGUGCUGACCAUUCUAGUCAACCUCCUGAAGAGGACGCUAGUUCUUUCAGACAGAAAUUUUCAAGGUCAAGCUUCAAGGAAAGGAUUGACACAGAAGGUUCUCCCACCUGCAUAGUUGUCUUGAAGCCAUGCCUCGACAAAACUGAAAACAUGGAAGGAGCGUAUCCACUAACAUAUGAAAUGUUUCAGUCUGGUUGCAGAAAGCCCAGAGCACCCCUUAAUUAUGGCAAUGCUGCUCCAAGUCGACAUACAGAAGAAUACAUGUAUCAGAUGUCAACAGGAAAAUGUGAUGUGUUAGGCCGUGGUGGCAAAGGGUCAAUAGAAAUUGCCCGUGAGGUUACAAAAGAAAUGAGGAGAGCUGUCAGGGGAGGCAUAGGUGGAAACCGGAGAUUCAGUCCAGAUAUUGGGCCAUUUAACGGGGAUGCACAGGCAUCUUUAUCAUUGUCCAUGGCAAACCUAAAGAGUUCAGAGGAAUAUCGAAGAUCAAAUUGUUGCCAUGAUGCUUGGGAUGGUCCCAACUCUGGUUAUUCCCCAACAUAUUCAACUAAAACAUCGAUUAGGAAGGAAGCAAAAAGACGCCUAUCUGAUAGAUGGAAGAUGGCUCACCAAUAUCAGCACCCGUCACAAGAUGCGAAUUCAUUCAGUACACUAGGGGACAUGCUUGCCCUCUCUGACAAAGAGGUAUCAAAAUUUACUUCAGGGUCACUAACUUGCUGCAAAUGCCCAAAGAGAGAGUUGCAUAGGGAUGGAAUGCCGGGGUCAUGCAGUUAUCCUCUUGGUAUCAGCAGCAAUGAUGGUUGGAAAGAUGAGAGUGUGCCCAAUACGACAAGGUUGAAGUCUCUUUCUUCUUCAUGCAUCAGCCGGAAGAGUCUGAAGAUGACCAGCAGAAAAGAAAAUUCUACGCUUAGUGAGUUCUCUGUACUCAAAGACAUUGUCAAAGUGGCAGAUGAGCUAGUUCAUGGAAGACCAAUGAGGUCACUGGUCAGAUCAUCAACGCAUCACUGCGAUGAAAGUGAUGUGCCAUCACUGGGUGAAGAUGAAAGUAUGGUAACUGAGUGUGAGAUACAUGCAAAUUUAGAAGAACCAGCUUGCAGUGUUGCUGUGCCAGAUUCAUCUGAAGAGAGACUUGUACAGCCUGCAAAUUCUAAACAUAUUUUAAGCGCACAAUGCUAUUUGGAUAGCAGCUGCAUGGUUCCAGAAUGGCAAGAUGAGGCCCAGGCUUCUGUUGCAGGGAACCUGGUGAUGCAUCAAGAGCCAACAUGGGUGCUAGAUGAUCAUAUUGCUUCCUCUAGCCCCAGCAACUCUGCAAAUGAGACUGAGGAACAUGUGCUUGAUCACUGCAGAGGCAAUGCAUUCACAUCCAAACCUAUGGAAGAGUCAGCGUCUCACGAAGAUGAUCAGCCAAGUCCAUUGUCAGUUUGUGAAUCUUCCUUGGGCGCAGAAGAUGGCUGUUCAGGAGGCUUUGAGAAAAUAAGCGCAGACCUGCAAGAGCUGAGGAUGCAACUCCGGCUUCUCAAGAUGGAAGCCACAGGCAAUGCUGAUGAAACCGAGCUGGCUCUAUCGAGCGAUGAUGGAGUUUCUGCCAGCUGCAAACCACUUGACGAGGCAUGUCAGACAUCCGACACCUUUUGGGAUGCGGAUGAAAGGGAUUUUGCCUAUGUCCUUGACAUGCUCACUUGUCUGGGUAUUAAGAGCGAUGAGCAGGAUUUUCAACUGAAUGCAUGCUAUUUGUGGGAGUAUCCUGCGGGCAGUGACGUUUAUGACAGCCUUGAAAAGAAGUACGGGAAGCACAUGGUGUGGCCGCAAUCUGAGAGGAGGUUCCUCUUCGAUCUGACGUUUGAUGCCCUUAUGGAUGUGGUUACUUCUCUGACACAUAGUGGGAUGGCGAAGAAGUGGCACUCCAAGAAAAGUGAUAAAGAGGGGGUUUUGGACGAUGUGUGGGGAAGGGUGUGCCGACAACGGCGGGAAGCAGAAUGCUUCCAGGAAGAAAGGUUGAUGGGCGUAGGGUGGUUGGAUUGUGAAGAUGUCACGUAUGAAAUUGCGGGAGAGCUCGAGAGCAUGCUGGGCGACGAUCUCCUGGAAGAAGUAACAGCCGAGCUGCUGCUGUGACUGGAGAAGAUGUAAUGUAAUAUUAUUCCAUACACUGGUUUCCAUAUAGUCCAUAGCUUGUGUUACUGCUUGCCUUGCUGGUCCGGUGAGUGAUGUCAAUGCACUAUAAUGUUCUGGACUGGGCGGCAAAGGCCAUCUGCAUUCUCCUUGCUGCCGAAGUAUGAUGUUUUGCCACAAAUCAAGGCAUGAGACGACCGCAUAGCGCAGUGGAUUAGCGCGUCUGACUUCGGAUCAGAAGGUCGUGGGUUCGACUCCCACUGUGGUCGCGGCUCUUCGUUGUUUUGGUAAAUUUUCCUUUUUUGUUUGUUUGUUUGUUUAUUUUUACCUUAUCCCAAAUGCGGUGGAAAUAAAUUAGGGAUGCUACUAUAUAUCCCCAUAUACAAAGCAAAAAUAGACAGUGGCUCUGGAUCCACUCAUAGUCAUAGGAUAGGAGAUGGUAGGCAGUGGCUCUCAUGAUGUUUGCUUAGCUAUUGGUUUCUUUUCUUCAUAAAGCCAGUAUAUGUAUGCAUGUAGUGGCACUCAAAUAAAGUCGAUUCAGAAAAAGGAACCAAGGCUUCCACUUUUCAA